AUGGGCAUCAAAGGCUUGUUGCCUUUGCUGAAAUCGAUUCACAAACAUUCUACCCUCAAGAAGUUCUCUGGACAGACCAUUGGAGUCGAUGCCUAUGGAUGGCUGCACCGUGGCGUGGUGGGCUGUGCUUUCGCGCUUGCCCUGGACAAACCCACCACGAUUCACAUCGAUUUCGUACUAAGCCGAGUCCGCAUGCUCAUCGACUUUGGUGUUAGCCCAUACCUGGUUUUCGAUGGAGACAAUCUACCCAGCAAAGCCGGAACGAACGCUGCGAGGCGGAAAAAGAGAGAAGAGAGCAGAGCGCUAGGCCUAGAAUUGCACAAGGCUGGGAAGACCACUCAAGCCCAGCAAGAACUACAGAAAGCCAUCGACGUGACACCACUUAUGGCCCGACAGCUCAUCGAGGAACUGAAGAAGCUUAAUGUCCAGUACAUUGUAGCACCGUACGAAGCCGACGCUCAGUUGGUGUACUUGGAGCGGAAGGGCAUAAUCGAUGGCAUUCUGGCCGAGGACUCCGACAUGCUUGUAUUCGGUGCAACGCGGCUUCUGACCAAGCUAAACCAAUACGGAGAACUGGUUGAGAUCGAGCGGGCCGACUUUGCCAUGUGCAAGGAGAUUAGUCUUGCCGGCUGGACCGAUACGAUGUUCCGACGGAUGGCGAUCCUCAGUGGUUGCGACUAUCUACCUAACAUUGGCAAACUCGGGCUGAAGACCGCCCAUGGCCUUGUCCGCAAGUAUAACGACGUGGAGAAAAUCUUGCGCAUUGUUCAACUGGAAGGCAAGAUGAUCGUACCAACUGGCUACCUGGAAGAUUAUCGCAACGCGGAACUGACCUUUUUACACCAUCGUGUCUUCUGCCCUACCACACAAAAGGUGGUACAUCUGAAUGAGCUUGCACCAGGAAUGUCCGAUACGAACAUGCCAUUUCUGGGGCCGCACAUCGAUCCUGAAACGGCACUCGGCGUCGCCUGCGGUGACCUCGACCCGUUCUCGAAGAGACCCUUGCAGGUCAACAAAUCGCUUGUGCGUCCAGCUCUGGGAGACCGGAGAAGGCAGAGUUAUGGCCAUGCGACAGACCUGAAGUCGAAGAAAUCGAUAGAGACAUUUUUCCAGCCAUGUCGCCAGCCUCUGGCGGAGCUGGACCCCAAUAGCUUGACACCUUCCCCUUCACAGCAGCGGUUACUCGAACGCAACCGAAAUGCUUCGUGGGAGCCAAGAUUGGUCAACUCGGCCCCUGCUUUGCGACGUAGUACAACAAUCGUGGUUCCGCCUUCGGUCCCUGCCGACCGCGCCAGUUUCUUGGCUCGAGCUGCGACAAUGUCGACAUAUCAGCCACCGAAACGACAGCGUUUGUGUUCAGACUCGGCCGAUCCUUCGCCUACCAAAGAGAUGAAGCAAAGCCCGUUUUUCCCAGUCAAGGGCGCAGAUGCAAGCCCCUUGGCACAAAAGAUGCCUAAGACCAGAAGAAGCCAGAAAUCGAAAUUUGAGGUCUUUGCAGAUGAUAACAGGGGAAUGCUGCUUGGAUCUGAGGUCCAGCAGGCUGCCAGUCCCGACCAUAACGUGCCACGCAAGGCUUCCGCGAAAGUCAAACUGCCACUACCGCUUCAAGAACAUGAUUCCCAGGCGUCAGUGCCACAAUCAUCUCCAAUUGCCAAAUCGCCAAAGCAGCCACUGUCAUCACCUUCGGCGAGCAUGAGCCCUUCACACAACAGCGCCACUGUGAAAGAGAUCGACCAAGACGACGAUCCCGAUGGAUUUGGGGAUCUUCUGGACUAUCACAUUCGAAAGCAAAAUGAAGCGUUGACAAAGGCAAAGCUAAAAGGGUCGUUAAUGGAAACUUUUGGGCUUCAAACGCAGCACCGGCGAGACCGCUCUCUACGGUCUCUGCAAUCACUUCCCCCUAUAGACCCAGGACAACAGACGUACGACCGCGCAUGUGAGGAAGUACAAAUAGGUGCGCUCAGGAGCAUGCCCAAAGCUCGAGAUGGUGACUCAGUCUGCGAUAGGGAGCAUCAAUUCAAUACAUGGGACCGUUCACCACGGAAGGUUCGGCAGGCGGCGUUGGAGUCGCUCAAUAGACGGACUGCAGCACCACCAGCACCACACCUACGAAAUGGAGUCAUUGGCGACCGGCAGCCGAGUACCCAAGCAGAGGGCCACACCUCAGCACCAGGUACUGUGCGUGGUAGUGAGGAUGCUUUGGUGCCCAACAGCGAGGAUGAGAGCUCAGUGGUGGGCUCGCCUCAACCCAAGUUUGACCUCAGUGUGUUUUCAUUUGUAUCGGCGUGA